AUAGAAGUAAAUAGUUUUUUAUAUGCAACAGAUCCUGUGUCUAAAGCACAGUGUAUUUCUACAACCCCGAGAGUUCUCCACUUCUUAAUCAUGUCUCAAGCCUUGGAAUUAGGUGAAGUUAUAGUAGAGCCACUUUCCCCGGAAGAUAGAGAUCUAGGAGAUGAAAGUACUUCAGUUUCAACGAUUUCUCAAAGAGAUCCACCUUCUGGUUUUGAAAUUCAAUGGCCUAUUAGAGAUAGAAAAUCACCACAACCUAAUGAUGGAAGGCUUGCUAGAUUCUUUUAUAAUAUGAAGUCAAUCGUUUUACCAGAGAACAUUUAUGCAGAGUGGCAUUUUCUGGUCCUGAGAUGGAUGGUAAAUAUUUUGGGUUCUAUCUACUUAUACAUGCUGGUGGUGAACGAUGAUAAAAUGUGCCUUCAAUUGAACAAGGAAAUUGGAACUACGGUUAUUGUUUGUCAAAUGCUAUUUGAUUUUUACUAUAUGGCCGUAGUAAUUAUCAAACUGCGAAUUGAUUUACGCUCGGAGCCAGGGAAAAGGAAAUAUUUGUGGCUCAGCUUCCUCGUUGACCUUUUAUGCAUUCUUCCAGUCGUACAGGUGCUGCUGAUUUUGCAUUUCAAUGAACAAUGGACAGGAAUGAACUUUAUCUUGGUAUUCGACCUCUUUCUUAUCCAAUAUGCGCUGAGGAUAAUCCGAAUGUAUCCACUGAGACUUGGACCGAGAACUGUAGCAAACAACCGAGGUCAUUACCCUGGGAUACUGAUGUUGGAAGCGGGAAGUUUUGCUGUAUGUUAUCUGCAAGCUGCUAUUACAAUUGGAGCUUUGUGGUAUUAUUUUACCAUAAAAAGACUGACUGCAUGCUGGACGGAAGCUUGCAUGGAACACGCUACUGGAUCUGGUUCUUUUUACUGUCAUGAUGGAUUAACCAACCACACAUUUCUAAAUGAGUUUUGCCCUGCAAAUACACUCAAUACUACAAUCUACGAUUUUGGAAUAUUCUUCGAUGCUCUUCAGUCUGGUAUUGUGAAUGUUAGAACCAGCCACAUCAAGAGGACAAUGUAUACUUUUCGAUGGGCUCUGCAAAAUCUCAGUGCUUUUGGUCAGGGCCUCCAACCAAGUCCGGAGUUAUGGGAAAAUCUUUUCGUCCUUCUUAUUACCUGCUUCGGUGUAUUGUUUCUUGUUUACCUUACUGGGCAUUUCCAGUCUACAGCUGACUAUGCACGCAGAGGAUUAUUAAAGAUGGAAUUGAAGAAUCAAAAGAUAAUGCAAUGGCCGCCCUUCGGAAGGAUCUCAGAGAAUCUCCGAAAGCAGAUUAUGAAACACCCGCCAAACAAUUGGGACCUGAUCAACGGUGUAAAUGUAGAAAUUUUGUUCAAUAAUAUUUCUGAGGGCCUCAAAGGCGACAUAAAACGCGAACUCUGCUUAGACCUUCUAAAAAAAGUGGAUGAGCUUAAAAACUGGAAUGAGGAAACUUUGCCCGAGCUAUGUGAUUGUUUGAGGCCAGUUUUCUAUAAAGGGGGGACUAGCAUUGUUCGGGAGGGAGACCCCAUUAUUGGGAUGAUCUUUGUGCUGCAAGGCGACCUAUGGACCUACAGCUCCAGUGGCACUGCAACUACUCAUCAGAGGACUGAUCAUCACCCUAGUGAAAAAGAUCUUUUUAAAGAGGGUGACUUCUUUGGAGGAGAACUCGUUGCUUGGGCUGGAGAUGACGUUUCACCACCCAAACUCCCCAUCUCAACCAGAACCCUUGAGGCCCGCACCAAUGUCGAUGCCUUUGUUCUUAUGGCCUGUUACUUGGGAGAAAUGUUCAAAAAGCACAAUCAGGAGCAUGGUUUGGACAAUCCUUCUCCCGCUCCAUCUGAUCAGCAGCAAAGACAGCAAGGAGAGCCGGAGAUCACUGCAGAAGAACAAUAAAUUGAUUAAGUGAAAUUAUAGUAAGUAAAAUUAGAGGUAUGAGGAUCCAAAUCCAGAAACAAGGAUUCAUCAGAAGAGCUUGCAUGUGAACGAGACGAAUUUCCUCUAGGCUUAAACCAUUCAUCUUGCAAAUGCAACCCAAUCUCUUCUUCCUGCAGAAGAGCUUCUUCAAGCUUCCUUCUUUUAUAUGCUUGCCAAGCUUUCUGUAUCAACCGGGCUGCGUCAGAUAUCUUCGAACCAGCGUAGUAGCUAUACAAAUGCUCUUGCUGUUUAGUGGCAGGCCUAAAUUGAGAGACCACAAACUUCAAGUCAUCAGCCUUGAGAACAAAAGGCUUCAACAUCAGAGAGGGCUCUGACUGUUCUUGUUGAGAUGGGGAGGUCGUUGGAGGACUGAAGAUUCAUUGCCCAGGAGAUGAGUACAUCUCCAAAGCAGUCUCCGUCUCUGGCAUAGUGAGCGUUGUAGAAGCCUGCUGUUCCUCCAUCUGCUGCCACGCUUGAAAGCUUGCCUUUCAUGACGAACAGCAUCUCGUCAACUGGGUCGCCUUCCCUAACGAAGUAACUGUCCUCUGUGUAUAUCAUCGCCUUCAGUAGGUCGCAUAAGUCGUUCAGAAGGGAUUCAGUCAUGCUUUUAAACAGCGGUACCUUCCAUACAUCCAAGUGGAACAAAAAAAAAAAAAGAAAAAGAAAUUAAUAAUGAAAAUUCAGUUCAAUAAUGAUAAAGAGCGCAUUAGUGGUUUUGGGUCUGCACAUGUAAUAUGAGGGUAAUUUUAAUAAGCUAGUUUAUAGGCUGGAAAACACCAAUAGUAUCUUACAGAAGGGUGGUCUUAAG